AUGCGCCAAUCAGCAAAUACAUUAAACCAACCAAUGUCAAAUGAAACUCAUCACCAAGUCGAUGGUGAAACCAACAGCAAACCCACAAUCACAGAAAAUGUCCUCCAAGAAAAGGCCGAGAUCCAGUCCUUGACCAUUGACUUUGAAGAAAACGACCCCGGAAACCCACUGAACUGGCCCAGAUCAAAGAAAUGGACGAUAACACUUGUUGUCUCUCUUUCGGUGUUUCUAAUGCCAUUGUCUUCGUCAAUUGUCGCACCUGAGUUGAGCACUAUCAAAGAUGAACUGCACAUGAGCAGCUCAUUAGAGGCAGUCCUAGUCAUGUCAACUUUCAUCCUGACCUACUGUCUCGGCCCUCUGAUACUAGGACCAUUGAGCGAGAUGUUUGGAAGAGCCGCAGUCUUGCACUUGGGGAAUACAUUCUACCUGAUCUUCAACUUGGUGUGUGGCUUCGCUCGGAAUGAGGGCGAACUACUGGCUUCCCGUGUACUCGCCGGCUUUGGAGGCGCGGGUGGACUUGUUGUGGGCGCGGGUAUCAUCAGCGACUGCUUUCCCAAAGAAGAGCGUGGCUGGGUCAUUGCUAUCUAUAAUCUUGGGCCAGUCUUUGGCCCUUCCCUGGGGGCUGUCGUUGGUGGGUUUAUCACUCAAUACACAACAUGGCGCUGGGCAUUCUGGGCGACAUCCAUCUUCGACGGGGUCUUGAUCAUGCUCGGUUUACUUGUCAUGCAGGAGACAUAUCCACCCGUCAUCCUCGCCAGGAGAAAGGCAAGAAUGUUGAAAACGGCUGCGCCAAACGCUCUAUUGAUGACACCUUAUGAGAAACCAGACCAGACUCUGGGCCAGUUAUACCGCAACUCUCUUCUUCGACCCCUGCAGCUACUGAGAGUCCAGCCCAUUGUCCAGCUCCUAGCCUUCUUCUAUGCCUAUCUAUACGGGCUAAUGUAUCUAGUUCUCUCCACCUUCACAGCUCUCUGGGAAGAGAAAUACCACCAGCCCGUCGGUCCUGCUAGUCUAAACUACCUCGCACUGGGAAUCGGAUACUUCCUUGGUUCACAGUUAUGUGGGUUCCUCGCAGACCCAAUCUACAGAACCCUGAAAAAAAAGCAUGACGGGAAUGGCAGACCGGAAUUCAGAGUAGUUCUCAUGUUCCCCGCCUCAAUCCUCGCUCCUGUCGGUCUGCUGUGGUACGGUUGGGCAGCACAGGCCGUCACACAUUGGAUUUUGCCUGAUCUUGGUAUUGCGCUGUUCGCCGGCGCUGCGAUGAUUCUGUUCCAGUCUACCAGUGCAUAUCUGUAUGAGGCUUUUACUUUGUAUGCGGCUAGUGCGACGGGUGCUGUUUAUAUUCUUCGUGGAUUGACGGGGUUCGGAUUUCCUCUUUUCGGUCCGAGCAUGUAUCAGUCCUUGGGUUAUGGAUGGGGAACUACUAUGCUUGCUCUUGUUGCUGUUGUUAUUGGCUUUCCGGUGCCAGUCAUUCUUUGGAGAUGUGGUGAGCGACUUAGAGCUCGGAGUACUUAUGCUGUUGGGUAA